AUGACGGACGAGAUCACGAACCUGGGGAAUUCCUUCAGGAAUCUCACCUGCGACUACCAUUACGUUCCCUCGGCGAUAGAACAGUUAGAAAGUUUGAACGCGUUUGGUGUAGGAUUAUUGAGUUUCGGAGCGAUACUCUCGACUCUGACAUUAUACUUUGCUGUGGACGCUUGCCACAAUAUCUUCUACCAAAAGGAGUCGAACUUUUACAAGACCAACAGCAUCAUGAUCCUCUCUGUAUAUCCAGUUGUCAGUGUCUGUUGUCUAACAGCUAUGGGAAUACCAAGGACCCAGUUGCUGUCGGAUACGGUGAUUCAAAUCUUUCUAACUAUAGCCCUGUACCGGCUUUAUCUUCUACUCGUCCACAUAGGCCUAAAAAAGGUCACGAAGUCGCCGCCAUUAAUGCUGAAAGUCGGACCGUGUUGCUGCUGGCCCUGUCUGCCCUUUCCGGAUCUUGAAAUGACCGAGGCCAAUUUGUCCUGGCUCAGGCUGGUAGUCCUGCAACUUCCCAUUAUCCAGGGCUUGACUUUCUGCACGUUGCUGUUCAUGUCGAUCGAGGACCCGCUCAUCGUGAAACAAUACUCUUUGUAUCUCCAACCGUUGUGUGUGGCCAGCAUCUUUCUCGGAAUAUACGGUCUGACCAUUACCCUGAAGAGUCUGCAGAGAGUCGCUCCAGAGGCCAAACUUCCCCGCAAGGCCAUAGUGUCCCAACUGGUGCUGUUGUUUUCGAAGCUACAGGCGGCAAUUGUGAGGGCUCUGCCGCUAACGGGCCUGUUCCCGUGCAAUCCGCCGAUCACGCCACUAAUCUAUGCAAAUGUUACCUACAAUGCCCUGAUGCUAAUCGAGAUGCUGCUGCUCUGCUACGCGGCGAGGUACGUUUAUUACGUGGACCUGGAAAGGGAGGAGAACACGUCGGUCGAGGUGGCAGAUCGGCCGAAAGACAAGACCACGGAACAAGCGAACUCGACGAAUAACAACGAGGCCAGCAGGCAGCCGUCGUCUCUGACCACGCUGGAUUUCGCCUCAAAGUUCGGCGUCGUUCCGAAUAUCCAAUUAACCGCUGUCCGCGAGAAUUAA